CUUAUUUAUCCCUUCGGCCAGGCGGCGAGUGGGUUACCAUCAGUUUCCGCGACGCAAAGGCACCCAAGGUUGGCAGCAAUAUUAAACAAACCACCUGUGAAAUCCGGCGAUGUAUCUCGUCAAUGUGGAAACGAAGAAGUUGGAGCGUUUCGGCGGCGCUGAAAUCCCCAAAUAUGCGAUAUUAUCACACACUUGGGGAGAGGCUUCUGAGGAACUUACUUUCACAGAUAUUAGCAAAGGAAACGUCAACAAGCCCGGGGUCGGCGCCGACAAGUUCCAAGGAUGCUGUCGGCUAGCAACGGGGCGCGGUGUUAAGUACGUUUGGAUCGACACGUGCUGCAUCAACAAGGGCGACGGAGAGGAGCUUCGGGAGGCUAUCAACUCCAUGUUUCGGUGGUACCGGGACGCGGAGGUUUGCCUCGUGUUCCUCGCCGACGUCCCUCCCGGCGACGACCCCAAACGCCCGCAAUCGAAAUUCUCGUGCAGCCGUUGGUUCACGCGUGGCUGGACGUUGCAGGAGCUCUUGGCCCCGAGCCGCCUCGUCUUUUACGGCUCGGGCUGGGACCGCCUCGGGACCAAGGCCGACUUUUGCAGCGAAAUCGAGCGGAUCACGAGCAUACCACGACGAGUCCUCAACGGCGACGCCAAAGUGCAGGACACAAGCGUAGCGCAGCGCAUGUCCUGGGCCGCGUCGAGGAACACGACGAGGGAGGAGGACCUCGCAUACUGCCUCCUAGGCAUUUUCGACGUGGUGCUGCCAAUGCUCUACGGGGUAGGCCACUUGGCGUUUCGCCAGCUACAAGAAGCAAUCAUGAGAAAGACUCGAGACGAUUCCAUCUUGGCCUGGGGCUUUCCCACCAACAAGAAAGGACGACGCCUCCCUGCGGCGGCGACACGCGGCGGGGCCAGCAGCAGCAGCGGGGGGGUGCUGGCCACGGGUCCUUCUGGCUUCGCGGGCUGCGGUGACAUCUCCGGACGAGAGCGAUCGGCCGGCGACACCCUGGACGUCAGGGGGGGCAGUCUCAGCCUUCGUAUCCGCCUCUAUACCCUACCCACAACCGGCGAGACGUUUUGUUUGCUCGAGUGCGGGCCCGAAAGCGACAAGAGUAAGGUGGUGGGAAUCCCGCUGGUCGCUGUGUCUGGGGAACAGCCUAGAGAGCAGCCUAGGGAGUUUGUGCGGCUAGAGGGCCGCCACGCAAAGCUGAUCCACCGGUCCGCGGCCGCGGAGGCGGCCGGCGAGUUUGUCUACAUUGCCUGCGAACCACGCCCGUCUUUGGCCCAGGGGUGCUGGUUCCGCGUUUCUCAUCCUGGUAUUCCCGGCCUGCGGCUCGUCGAGGUCACGCCCCCUUGCCGCGGGAAGUUUCGAAACGACAUCAGAAACGACAUCGAUUUGAUCAGGUUAGUGGCCGCGCCAGACCAAGAUGGCCCGCCGAGGACACUGGCUCGGUUCCAGCUCUGCCACGGCGGCGAGACGGCGUUUCCUUCCAGCCGCGACUUUGUGGUGGUUCUCAGAGGCGAGCCCUCGUGGACAUCAAAAGGCCGCGCGCAAUGCCAUGUCAUGACGGCGAGUCGGGACACCCCUAUGGAAGAUAUCGGGCAGAGGUUUGCCGACAUGCGGCCCGAGGCGCUCGGGGCGCCGAGCGCCAGCAACGGCGAGCUCAGCAUACAGGUCGCGCUGGAGCGGGCGGCGAAUCUGGAACCUAUCGUCCGGCUGACACGAUUACACCACCCGCCGGCGGUCACUGUCGAUGCGACCUCGGAGCUCGAGUACCUGGCAGCGGCCAGACUGGUGAGCCAUAACGGAUCCGGUGAGCCCAGUGUCGGCGUGCUGCUUGGCGGUGGGGCGACUGCGGGUGUGGAUGCCGAUCCGGACGCCACAAGAGCGGACGAUCGGGGCAGGACGCUCCUGUAUAGGGCCGUCGCGGGUGGCCGCGACGAUAUCGUGCGGACCCUACUAAGUCGCGAUCUCGACGUCGUGGCCGAGGAAGAUGACUGGCCGUCGCUGCAUCUGGCCUCCUGGUACGGACAAGAGGCCGUGGUUCAGCUGUUGCUAGACCAGGGCGUUAACCCCGCCGCGGAAAGGGAAAACGGCUGGACGGCACUGCACGUAGCGGCCGCGCGCGGGCAGCGGGGCGUCGCGCAGGUGCUGCUAAGCCGGCAAGCCGACGCAAAGGCAAAGAGCACAGACGGCUGGACGCCGCCGGGCUUGGCAGUUAGGUACGGACAGGCGGCCGUUUUGGAACUGCUCCUAGACGCCGACGCCGACGCCGACGCCGUGGCGGACGGAGAGGGCUGGUUUCCGCUGCACAUCGCCGCCGAGCACGGACACGAAGCCGUAGCGGCGCUGCUCCUCCGCAGGCGCCCCGGUGCGGACAUCCCCAACAUGACGAACGGCCAGAGGCCGCUGCACCGGGCCGCCGCAAACGGGCACGAAGGUGUCGCGCGGCUGCUUAUCGACCGAAACGCUAGCACGGGAGCGAGAGACAGGUGCAGCCAGACGCCGUUGCACCUGGCUGCCGCCAACGGGCGCGAAACCACCGUGCGGCUACUCCUCGAACGGGGCGCCGAUGCGGCCGCGAGGGGGAACGACAACCAGACGCCGCUAGACCUGGCCGUCGGGGGUGGGUGCGAAGCAACGCAGCGGUUGCUCGAGCGCGCUCCUUUGGACGAGCGGCGCGAAACGAGAACGAGGCGGAGCCCCGCCGCGAGAUCAGCAGGAGUGGUAGCGUCCGCCGACCGCCCCUCGCCAACGCCCGCGCCGCUGUAUUUGUUGAAAACUACUGUCCGGUUUGCCUCCAGCAGCCUAAUUCUGUCGGGCGCGCGGGGCCAAAUGGAGGCGAUGGUGCGCCGGCUCGAGCUCGGCAACGAGGAGAGCGCCCGGCGGGUCUCGCAGAUGUGGGUGGCGGUGCUGAAGCCGUUGAUGUCGUCGCGCAACGAGCUCGUCGACGCCAUCUUCAAGCAGUGCGCCAACGACCUGCGGCGGACCAUCAACCACGGCGAGCUCUCGGGGCUGCGCCCAACGAUCCGCGCCGGCAUCGAGUUUGCGUUGAGCGUCGUCGAGACGGGCAACCGCGCCAUGGUCGCCUCGGUGCUUGAAGAUUGGGUCCCGCUGCUCGACUACGCCCUCGAGAAGCACCGGCCAGACGCCGAGGAGAUCAUCGCGGGCGUGGCGGGGCGCUUCGACCUAUCAACAAGCCCCAACCGCAAGGAGGCCGAAACCUUAACCCUCACCGUUUUCUUGGCCCUGGAACGGGCGCUGCGGGAGGGUCAGGAGAAGGUCAAGCUUGUUAAUUGUCUGGUGCGGACUAUCCGGACCACCCUGCGGGACAAGGUGCCCAAGGACCCGGCUCUAUGCGCCGACUGGAUCGAGGCGCUCUUCGUUAGGGGGACAACGCUCCAGCUGCCUCAGGUGUUGCUGAAAACAGGGACGGGACUGCUGGGCCUCACCAACCCGGAGGGGGAAAUGGAGCUGUUUGAAGGCACCGUCGCAGAGGUUGUGAGAUGGCUACUGUGGGAGGCCCACGCGACGAAUAGGCUGGACCACGCGACAGAGCUAAUUGUCGACUUGGUUAAGAAGUCGGUCGCGGAGGGCGGGGGCGCGGUCGUGCGAGACAGGGAAAUAGUGAGGAGGAUUUUUCUGCUGACGGCCGAGCAUUUGGACUUUGUCGAGCCGGAUAACAGCAUUAGGGAGGCACUGCUAACAAUAUUUGACGAAAUGCGCCGCAUGCCCUGACGGUUAUAGGGCUUGGGUAGGAUGGCGCUCAGCGGGGCGCCGGCGACCGGCUGGAGGAAGGAGAUGAGGAAGGAGGGGCAAAUGUGGUAAUCUUGAGGUUCAGCUAGUUUUAUAGCGUGCAAGGAUACAUAAGCCGGUGGGGAAAUGCCAAAAGUGAAAUGAGUUAGGGUAUGAACUAGCAGAAAACAGGGUGGGUGUUAGUAGGAGUUAGUACCCCUGUUGAAACGGCACGGAGAGCUUUAAAAGGGAUGAACAACGAUUUUGUAUUUAUGUAAUAAUACAAUGUGCAAACGCUACAGCUUUAAAUAAAAUACCAACUUUUACUUCG